AUGGCGGCAGUCGCACUUCUGCUUUAUAAUUUACUGAUGGGUCAGACGAUGGGCACCCUUACUUGCCCAUCUGGAAAAUCGAAUCCCCUGCAGUUUCACCUGGUUCGUCAGUGUCAACGAGCUUCAGCGGAUGAUGCACUGGCUCUAGAGAAUACCUCCUCACUAGAGGAAUGCGUAAGCUUGGCUCAUGACAUGCGGGCACUGGCCUUGAACUACGCCCCUGGAGGUCCGAAAAGAAGGCUAAAUCUGUACGAUCAGAGGACAUUUGGCAAGGAGAGCCAAAAGCAACAGCACUUACGUAGCCGUUUAAGUGUUUUCGAACAGCCAGGAGAGUUCUUCAACUGCCAUGUUCUGCAGUGUCCUCAGAAUAACACAUUUUCUGGGAUGGUCAACGACAGUCGUUUCGAUUAUUACAGUUUAUAUGGCAGGCCUACAGUUAUAAGGAACUACAGCUGUUUGCCGGAAGUUGGACUAUUCGUGGUGUAUACUCAGCCCAGUACCUACUUGAAUGCCUCAUUGACCUGCUCGAACUCUUCCGAGUUUACUGGCAGUCUUGCCCACAUAGCCUCUGAGCACAGAACAAGCUUCUUGGCCCAGUGGUUAAUGGAAUUUAACAGAAAGUCUCAGCCGCGAAAGUCAAAUGUCUUUCUAGCUUAUGUGGGACUAGUGUACAACAGAUCUACCUCGUUGAGUCCUCUGGAUUUUAGGAACUCUCAGCAAGAAAGCCUACAGUGCUUUCUUUACAGGGCCUGGGACGCAGGCCAUCCUCGCCUUGGCCAGGAGUUGACCAACGCCAGCUGCGUGGCCUUGACGCCGCAGGGAACCUGGCAAACCCUCAAAUGCGAAAGGGAGCUCCCAUUCAUCUGCGAAAUUCACACAGCCAGGUCAACUUCAGGCUGGGAGCACUCAGAUUCUGAGCUGGACACUGGCCCAAAUGCAGUCUUCGAGUGUGGAAACGAUUGA